GGCCGCUUCCUCCUUCGUCCGAGCGCAGCGCCAGCCUGAGGCCAGCCGCCGCGACAUAACGCGAAGCCCUCGCUCUGCUCUCUGCUCUCUCCUCUCUCCUCUGCCCCCCAGUCUCUUCCUCCAUUGCCGCCGCAGCUCUCCGAGCCGCGCGCCGCCGCCGCCGCCUAGGAAGUCAGCACAGCGCAGCAGCGUCAGGAAGGAAGGAAGAAGAAGAAGAAUACCAGGACGAUGGAGGUGGAGACGAUGCUGGAGGACGACGUGUUCUUCGCCGAGCUCAGCAAGCGGAUAUCGCUGCUCAUCACCGACGACGACGAGGGCGGCGCGGACUUCGCCGCCGCCGCGAAGUUCAUCCCCGCCUCCGCCGCCGCGACGCCCCUCCCGGGGUUCGCAACGUCGCGCGGCGCCCAUGUGCCAUCGCAGCAGCAGCAGCAGCAGGAUUGGGGCGCGUCGUUGCUGGCGCCACCGGCCUACGCGUUGUACCACCACGGCGCCAGCUACGGCGGGGCGGCGGCGGCGUGGCAGCAGCUGCAGCAGCAGUGCGGCAGCAAGGGCACCGGCGUCUUCAUCCCGCGGUCCACGCCCGGGUCCGCGCACCCCAAGAAGAAGGGCAAGAACAGGGGCGCCGCCGCCGCCGCCGCCAAGGCCGCCGCGCGGGCGGCGCAGGCUGCCGGCGCGGGCGCGCCAACCAAGAAGCGCGCCUGAUUUCUACUUGAGGAGAGAAGGGGAGAAAAAAAAGGAGGGCAAAAAAAGCACAACUACUAACUCCAGGAUGCAGUGCAACACGGUGCUGAACGAAGUGCUCGUCGAUCGGGAUCAGCCGCAUUAGCUUAAUCUGUUUAAUUAAUUAAUUAAUUUUCAGUAUUAUUAUUACUGCAAUUCUUAUAUGGUAAAUAAUAAAACCACUGCCACUCCCCUGGGUUAAAAAUGUACUAUAAUGUGAGCCCUAGGGGAGGACGACUGUGGGCUGCUGGGGCACCACGCCACACGAAUAAUCUCUGUGUAUAGUAUAAGCUAGCGGUUGGUGGUGCCGUAGUUUUCUUCUUUGCUAAGUCAAUUUAUUAAUUGUUUUUUUUGUAUUUUCCUUUCUUCCCCUCAUUUUUGUAAGAUGAAGAAAUGAAUUAAUACUAUGCGAUUGGUGUACUACUACUAGUGCAGUGCAGUGCAUGGUGAAGAGAGUGGAAAUGUCAAA